AUGUCUCCCCGUCUCCUUCACCCCGAUGAGUACGAGCUCGCAUCGCGCUCCUCUCUUGACUCCGAUGGGACCUUCGACCUAGACGAUGCCGAUUUCGAAGCUCAGGUGCCUCCUUUUUCUAGAAUCAGUAGAGUCGCACCCGGUCGAUUUUCUUGGCUGCGCCGCAUUUUAUCAACUCCCUUUGAUGGCUACCGCCGCCUGAAAACCAAUUCACGACCCGUCUUGGCAUCCUCAUCACGCCCAUGCCUCCCGCGCAUCUUCUUCCGUCGCCGAUGCUGCUAUAUCCACGUUGUUUUCGGCAUUGUUCUCGCCCUCGUCCUUUUAACCUCCAUUUUCCGCCCAUCUUAUACCAGCCCACCUGCGCAUUAUGCCACUCUUCGUGCAUCGGCACGGGCUACGAACCAGGCAGGCCGGGGAAAUCCUCGCAACGAGAAAGUCUUUAUCGCAGCCAGUUUAUACGAUCGAGGUGGUGAGCUCGCCGGAGGGCAAUGGGGGACUCAGCUGCUACAACUGAUUGAUAUGCUUGGCGAUCAAAACGUGUUCGUUAGUAUUUACGAGAACGACAGUGGUGCCGAGGGGGAAAGUGCACUACGCGAGCUGGAGAAGCAGAUUAAUAGUCGAAAGGACAUCGUGUUCGAGGCGCAUCUAGAUCCCAAGAGUCUGCCAACUGUGACCAUCCCGGGCGGAGAUCAACGAGUCAAGCGCAUCGAGUAUCUGGCGCAGGUCCGAAACAAAGCUUUAAAACCUCUUACCGAUGAUCCUAAUACACGAUACGACAAAGUCCUCUAUAUGAACGAUAUCCUCUUCGAUCCAGUCGAUAUCCUCCAGUUACUCUUCUCGACCAAUGCGAACGAUGAUGGCGUGGCCCAAUAUCGUGCCGCGUGCGCCGUCGACUUUGACAAUCCCUUCAAGUUUUAUGACACAUAUGCUACCCGUGACCUCCAAGGAUACAGUAUGGGUCUGCCAUUUUUCCCUUGGUUUUCCACUGCCGGGAAUGGUCAGAGUCGAAAAGAUGUUCUCCAAGGCAAGGAUGCCGUGCGUGUUCGGAGCUGCUGGGGUGGUAUAGUUGCGUUCGAUGCGAAAUACUUUCAAAUUCCACUUCCCGAGAGUUUAUCACCGGCACGCUUCAGAUCGGGCACUGACAUGUUCUGGGAAGCAUCUGAAUGCUGCUUAAUCCACGCGGAUAUCCAAGAUCCCCAGACCAACGUGGAUGAGAUCACAGACACGGGUAUCUAUAUUAACCCCUUUGUGCGGGUCGCGUACGAUGCCCGCACCCUAUCGUGGCUCGGUGUGACGAGGCGAUUCGAGAAGCUUUACGCCUUUCUGCACAAUCUUGGCAAUCAUCUUGUCGGUCUCCCAUGGCAUAACCCUCGGCGAACCGAAGUCCCGGGACAGAGCGUCCAAGAGACCGUCUGGAUUCCUGAUGCUGCCCAGGAUGGCGGCGGGUCCUUCCAACUGGUCGACCGCAUUGCAGGCAAUGAUGGGUAUUGUGGCCGUCGGGGCUUACAGGUCAUCGUGGAAGACCGAAAGCCUGGACAGAAAGGCUUUGAGAGUAUCCCAGUGCCAUCGAUCUAG